AUGGUUGAUAUAGCACCUCCUAUCAAUACUGGCAGUAGAGAUAAGGUGGUUUGGACCUUAUCUCCUACAGGUAAAUUUUGUUUAAAGCAGGCUUACAAUGCUCUACUCCCCCCUGCUCCGUUGUCUAUUUGUACCAACAUUAUUUGGUUCUCAAAACACAUUCCUAGGCAUGCCUUUGUUACUUGGCUUGCUCUUCACAACAGACUCUAUACCAAAGAUAGGUUCUUCACAGGUCACAGUAGUGAUGGUGAUUCUAACCUAUGCAUUUUGUGUCGAAGUGAAGAUGAAACACAUGAACAUCUGUUUUUUAAGUGCAGUUACUCCACUUAUAUUUGGAAUUAUGUUCAACAUACAUGUAGAUUUUACUGUGGUGAGCUUAGUCAAACUUUUAUAGCAAGGUGGAUUGAGAAUGUAUGGAAUGACAAUUAUAACUCUAUGGAUGCUAUAACAGCUAGACUUUACUUCUCUACGACUAUUUACUUCAUAUGGAAAGAGAGGAACAAACGUACCUAUGCCGGUAAAUUCUCCUCGCCUCAGGUUGUUUGGAAGCUCAUUGAGGACUACAUCCGAUGCCGUCUGCUCUCCUUGAGGUUCAAAGAUUCGAGGAUUUCUCGGAUUAUGGCUGCUGAUUGGAGACUUCCUAGUCUGGUUAUUGAAAGCACCAAUUCUGAUAGCUAA